UUUCGCCAUUCAUCAUCACUUUCGCUGGUUCUAUAAGAAGAAGAAGAAGAUCCAAAAUGCACAAAUCUAAGCUUCAUCAAUUCUGUCAACAGAAACUAUGGAAACUUCCAGAGUAUUCGAAUUCAAAGGAUGGUCCAGAUCACAACUCGUGUUUCACCACCACUAUCACCGUUAACGGCGUUAGCUUUCAAUCUUCCAAUCCUUGCCGAACUAUUAAAGCAGCUCAGGAUAGCGCUGCUGAGGUUGCUUUGAAUCAUUUAUCUGGUUCCGGUUCUAACUCUGAAGCGAAUGAUAAUUCUUUGUCUUCUGCUCUCCCUGCUUCACAAAAUGGAUUGGAAGCUGAAUUGACUAUACAAGAACACACGGGAAAUGUGACUCAAAGUCUUCUUAUCCCUUCAGGAGUAAAACGCAACAAGAAGUCUCAAGAUGGACACCAUUGGUACAAACAUCGAUUACAAAUAUAUGCUCAAAAGAAAAAUAUAGAUUUGCCUGGAUAUUCAUUUGAGCGUCAAGGUCCUCAACAUGCUAGUCGUUUCAAGUGUAAGGUUACUGUUGGUGGACAGUGUUACGAGAGUACAAAUUUUUUCGUCACUCUAAAAGAAGCUCAAAAUGAUGCAGCAAAGAUUGCUUUCGACCAAAUUUCAUUAAAUGAAGAUCAGAAGGAUGAUUUUGUUCUUCAUAAAAAUGCCUUGCAAGAAUUGGCUCACAAAAGAGGCUUCUUGAGUCCAAGUUAUACGACUACAAGUUGUGGUCCAGGUCACGCGCCUACUUUCCUUGCAACGGUGUUAGUAGAUGGAAAAAUGUAUCAAGGGGUAGCUGCGAAAAGCAAAAAACAGGCUGAAGUCAACGCAGCAAAGUCAGCAUAUGAUUCACUUAAAAAUGGAGCAUUGCACUUAAAUGAACAACAUCAGCCUAUAGCUCUCACCGAGGAGAAUCUUCAAAUGGCUAUAAAGUGUGAAACACAACUAGAGAGCAAAGAACCGGUUCCUAGGGAGCCAAAUACCCAAACUGCUGCCGAUAAUGGUAAAGCUAUAAAGUGUGAAACACAACUAGAGAACAAAGAACCAAUUCUGAGCGAGCCAAAUACCCAAACUGCUGCCGACAAUGGUAAAGCUAUAAUGUGUGAAACACAACUAGAGAACAAAGAACCGGUUCUGAGCGAGCCAAAUACCAAAACUGCUGCCGACAAUGGUAAAGCUAUAAUGUGUGAAACACAACUAGAGAACAAAGAACCGGUUCUGAGCGAGCCAAAUACCAAAACUGCUGCCGACAAUGGUAAAAGGCCAAGGAGCCCAACACAAUGUGAAAAUGUGCUGCAAGCUAGAAAAGAAAUGACCAUUGAGAGGCCUCUUCAUAAGAUUUUGGUGUAUUCAAGUCAAAGUCCAAGGCCAAAGGUCCCAAAUUUGGAGGGAAAGUGACAUUGCUAAUGGUGACUUUAAAGAUGAAGAAAAGUGUUAAUAUAUAGUAUGUUGAUGGAUGCAAACUUAAUUAAGGUGUUGUUUGUUUGUAGUAAAUGAUAAUGUUCUUAAGCUAAUGACUUGCAAACUCUUAGUAUGUUUCUAGGCCUCAUUUGGUUAGGGUAUGUUAUUGUUGUUACUAUAAUCAUAAGAUACUCCAUCAAUGUUUUAAUUUACUAUAGUGUAGAGUAUAAUGAUAAAUGAACUCAUUUUGUUAUUUGGGGGGUAAGUA